AUGUCUCAACGCUCCAGCAUCAGGAAUUAUUUCAAACGGCCAGAUUUUUCAGCUAGCAGAGACUCCCGGUACGAGGAUCCAAGCGAACCUCCUGCUGCGAGUUCUCAGUCUUCUCCCCUCAGUGAACCACCGUCGUCUUUUGUAUCAAAUGGUGGAUCUCCACAAACUCCAGACGGUCCAGCAUUGCAGUUGAAACGGUCAUUGUUGCUCUCUGUCACAGAUUCCACAGAAAAUUCACAGCACCAACCAAGUUCUCAAAAUACUGAACCCACAGCUUCUGACCCAGCAUUACCACCGAGCUUCAACUUAGCCCAGCGCGUUGUAAGGAACGGAAGAGAAGUUGUAAUUAGCUCCGAUGGUGAAGAUACGGACGCAAGCGAGGUCUUUGAAGAUCCAACCUCUCUUUUUCUGAAAUUCGCGAAACCAGAUGGUGCCUCUACAAGUGAGGAUACAAACAAUGAUUCUUCUAGCUACGGGAGGACUUUGCGUUCCCUGCCGUCAAAAGAUGAAGUGAAACCCAGAAGGUUUUCUCUGAGUCGCGUUUCCGCUCCGAAGUACAAGCACUCCAUUGAUAGUCUUGUUACUCAAGCCGUCGAUGAUAAUGAGACCGAGGCAAGCAUUGCAAAGCUUAGGGCUGCUUUAGAAGAGGAGAAUGCCCGAAAGGCCGCGUCAAAGUCUGACGCAGCUCCAGGCUUACAACAGUUGCACGAAGGUAUUCUGACAUCGGCGCUCGACGACCAGAAUGACGAAAUGGGGCUGCGACGUCUACUUGAUGCUGUCCGGAGAACGGAAGCAUUUGACAUGGAGAAAUCAUGGUUUUUCUUCGACCACGCCAGUGAAUUAGCUCCUCCUCCGGCGUUUCCACGGAACUGUAUAGCAGCAAAAUCGAGUCUAUCUGUGUUAAGAGAUACUGAAUCGAGAGAGCGAGCAUUUCACUCAGGCUCUGUUGAUUUCGCAUUGUCAAGAGGGCUCCUGCCUGACGAGUUAGUGAUGUGGAUGCUUAAUUCUAUACCGUCGGAGCCUCGAGAUACACUAAGGAACGCUUAUUGCCGGGCAUUCAAGAACACUACUGCAGAACGUAUACAGUCACUUGUGCGACCGGAAAGCAUUGACGCCAUGUUCCAAAUGAUGGGUGCAAACCAGAAGGCAUUGACGUUCUCUGAAGUUAUAGUUCCAGAUGCAGUUCCAAAAAGUGAGGCUAAUAGUUCGCUGCGAGCAGCACCACGACACCACGCUGCUCUGCUGUCCAUCUUAAACCUGCUGCGUGGAGCAGCAGAUCUGUUCUCCGACGAGACUAGAGAGCACAUCCUUAGUAUUCUUUUCCGCCUUUCGCUCGACAUCUCAUUAACUCGCGACCCCAUGGUUUGCUCGGAAUUGGAACGGACUAUAACUGCGGUGUUGGAGAGUAUCUCCGAAGAAACGGCGGAUAAGUUGGUAUAUCGUGUGUGCACAUCUGCCUAUGAAACCAUCAAAGAUCCUGUAUUCCAAAGCCGUCUUUUGACGCACAUCUUGCCAACAUCAAGCUGGAUUGCGAUGCUACGAUGUCGUCUCGCCGUCGCGUUCUUGACCAAGGAUCCUUCCCCACUAACCGAGGAGCCGGACGUGAUGGUAUAUGUAAAAAGAAUAAUCGAUGUACUGAAAGACAAACGAUUUGACGUGAAGAGAUAUAAGUCAAAAGGCCAACCCGAGUACGACUAUGGAGAACUUAUGGCCACUACGAAUGUGCUAAACAUUGCUAUCGAUUCCGGCUGGUCCGGCGUGGACUUUUCGAGCAAGGACGCAGAGCGGGAAUUCAACUCCGAGGUUGAUGUACUCGCGGACCGGAUCAAGAGAAUAUUCACCUCCAUCGAGGAUUCGGGCGCAUCCCAUCUCAAGCGGACCCUAGCGAAGGAAGCCCUUGAAGCCUUGCACUACCGCAUCAUAUACUCUGUCAGGACCAAGCCACGCCCGAAGAAAUCAAUAUUCGGAGAGAAUGGAGUUGAUCGCCAGAACAAAAAAGUUUUCGACCCGUGGAAGGUCAAGAUUAAACAAGACCCGGAAACUCCGACCCAACAACCAGGGGCUUCACCAUGA